UCAAACCAACGCACUGAUAUUUUUACACUGAUGCAAUGAUAUUUAUGUAAAUGCAUAUACUUACUAUAUAUAGGUUCGUCGAAACAACAACCAUUACAACGAAUCAUUCUUAGUCCUAAACAGAGUAUAAUUACAAACCACAGAUACGCACUGAUCAAUGGAUGACUUAUAUUCUUCUUAUUGGCUUCAUCAAGAGAGCAUUGAUGAAAUGAGGCAGAAUCUACAGAACACUCUGUCCGAGCUAGAGACACUGAGAAUAGAAGUUAACGAGAAAUCAAGAACACACAGAGAAGAAGUGAACCAACUUCUCAAUCUCCUCAAACUCACUCAGCAAGAACGAGACGAAGCUAGACAACAGUUAUCACAGUUCCUCCACUUCAAAACCCAACAAAACCCUAAUUCAAGAAGCAUCACUGAAUCAAACAGCUUCUCCCAAGAUGUAUCUUCUUCUUCUUCUCCUUCUUCCUCAGAACUCUCGAGCUUCUUCAAUAUCCAUCCUCAGCCGCCGUUGAUGAAAAAUCUCGAAAAUCCAACGGCUCGUAAUCGCCAUCAGAUCGAUCCUCUAGACGUUCUUGUGAUGGGGAAAGCUUUUCCGGAAACGGGAAAGCUUUUGAAAGCGGUGAUUGAAGCUGGACCGCUUCUUCAAACGCUUCUUGUCGCUGGACCGCUUCCAAAAUGGAUAAACCCACCGCCUCAAACGCAAUCGCAGCGUUUUGAGUUACCCGCUAUCUCGUUCAGAGGGUCCGAUGUUAAUAAUAGCAGUACCGCGUCUGGGAUAUGUGAUUCUCUGACGUGUUCUGGUUCGGUUAAUGGAUUUGAUUUCGGUCCGAGUUCGGUUAUCGAUCAAUCAGUGUUAACCGGAAAGAGGCAGAGAUUAGAGUAGCUAAUUCUAAGAGCAGUUUUGUAAACCGGGUGAUAUUAUUUCGAUUAUCAAACAUGUCACCAAUUUAUUCUGUAAAACUAUGGCUCGUUGUCAUCACCGGA